UGUGGUGUUGUAUCGCGACGAAGAAUGGAGGAGUGAAUUUUUUAUGUGAAUAAUAAUUUUUUUUUUAUAAUAUCCACAUAUAAAUUUAUUAAGCAAAACUUUAAAAUAUCGCAAAAAAACCUACCAAUUCCCACAAUGAAUUUAAAAAACAAAAACAAUUACAGAAAAAAUAUGUGAAGAAUUUAUUUACAAAAAUAGAAAAAAGACGAAGAAAAUACUAUUACAAAAAAAAAAAAAAUUAGGUUCUUUACGAAAUCGACGAAAUCACAAAAUCAAAUAAGAAAUUUCGUAUAAUUUACAAAAAAAAAAGUCGUAGUCAAGUAAAAAUCUCUCCAGCCCUCGCGCCUUGGCUUAAAAAAAUAAAAAGAGCUCUCAAAGUGCUACUCGAUGAUAUCCCUUUUGUAAAACAAAAGAAAGAAAAAGUUGAUGAAGAAAAAUAAAAAAAAAAAAACAGAAAAUUGCAAUUGCACAAAAAAAAAAACCCUAAAAAAACUAUCAAAAUCUCGACACGAGAACUUUCCCAAAAACAGUUGAAAAUCAAGUGAGAAUUUUUUUAAGAUUUUCCUAAUUUUUUUUUAAAUAAUUUUCACAACCCUCUCUCGGUCCACUGUAAUACACUGGGUCCACCUGAGUGUGAUUAAAUAAAAAGAAAAAAAAAAAAAACGAGACAAGUUUUUCACAAAAUUUCUUUUUUAUUUUUUACUCGAAGAGGCCAUUUCCCAAGGAAAAAAGUUGUUGGCAAAAUUAUGCCCUCACAAUUUUACGUCGUCAAAGUUAUUAUAAAACCAAUAUUGCACACAAAUUGAUAAAAAAAAAACUAUGUAGACUAGAAAGAUUAAGUCAAAUGAAUGAAUGAAAAAAAAAAACUUGAAUAAAAUUAGAAGGAAAAUUUUUGUAAAAAAAAAAAAUAUUUAAAAAACUAUUUCCAAAUGAGAAAAAUGUCGACGAAAGCUAACAAAGCAGCAGCAGAAGUUUCAUCAUCAUCAACUUCCUCAGCGACAGCGUCGUCAGGAGUUGGUGGUGGUGUAAAUGUGUUUGUGGGGGGCUCCCCAACAACAACAACAAACACAAAUGGAACACCACAGAGACGAUUGAGGACUCGAACGUCCCAAUCGAAUAGUGGCAGUGACAAAAAGAACGAACGUCUGUCCUCUACGACAAAUACCACCUCGGCGACGACUAUGACAUCUGCCUCCGAUUCCAAUAAUAUAUCCCUUUCAAACAAUCCAAAUAUAGUUUCCACAAAUGGAUCGUCAUCUGCAUCGACAAAUCUUGAAGAAUCCUCCAAAAAGAAACAGCAAUUUGUUAGAAACAGUAGCAACAAACCCUCUUCCCAUACCCAACCACAUUCCUCGUCGACCUUCUCUCAAAAUAAAAACGAAGAAUUUCACUUUGAUACACCACGUGAAUGUCCAGUCUUUCGUCCGACUACCGACGAAUUUCGUAAUCCUUUAGCUUACAUUUCAAAAAUUCGACCUAUAGCUGAGAAAUGUGGGAUAGCUAAAAUCUUACCACCAGCUGAAUGGCGUCCACCAUUUGCAGUGGAUGUUGAUAAACUUAAAUUUACUCCGCGCGUUCAGCGUUUAAAUGAGUUGGAAGCAAAGACACGUGUUAAAUUAAAUUUCCUUGAUCAAAUUGCAAAAUUUUGGGAAUUACAAGGUGCUUCAUUAAAGAUUCCAAUGGUUGAAAGGAAAGCAUUGGAUUUAUAUUCAUUGCAUAGAAUUGUACAAGAGGAAGGUGGAAUGGAACAAGCAACUAGGGAAAGAAAAUGGGCAAAAGUUGCUAAUCGAAUGUCUUAUCCGUCGAGUAAGAGUGUUGGAGCAACAUUGAGAAUGCAUUAUGAGAGAUUGCUGCAUCCGUAUAAUGUUUAUACAUCGGGAAAGAUAAUUGAUAUGAAAUUGGAUGCAGAUGCAGCUGGACAAGAUGAUUGCAAGGACUAUAAAUCGCAUGAGAUAGUAUCGCGCCAACAAAUAACCCCACCGAAUGAGACAACAGCUCGUCGAUCGAAACGUUUUGCCUUGGGCAAAGGUGCAGUAUGUGGCUUAGGAGCUACAACAUCUUCUUCAACAUCAUCAUCGACUGGCUCAGGCCAUAUCGAGACAAAAGAAGACUUCAAACGCAAUCUAAUGGCCACAUUCAACGACAUAGCUGCUGGUGGAGCAGCAAGCAAAAAAACAGGUGGCACCGAAUUGGUCGAUCCUCUAAUGAAAUACAUUUGUCACAUUUGCAAUCGUGGUGAUUCCGAAGAGAACAUGCUGCUCUGUGAUGGAUGUGAUGAUAGCUAUCACACAUUCUGUUUGAUUCCUGCAUUGGGUUCAAUUCCCAAAGGCGAAUGGUUGUGUCCUCGCUGUGUGGUCGAGGAGGUGAGCAAGCCUACAGAGGCUUUUGGUUUUGAACAAGCCGAGCGAGAGUACACUCUCCAACAAUUCGGCGAAAUGGCUGAUCAAUUUAAAGCAGACUAUUUCCGCAAACCGGUUCACAUGGUGUCAACGGAUUUGGUUGAACGAGAAUUCUGGCGAAUUGUCUCGUCGAUUGAUGAAGAUGUGACAGUUGAAUAUGGAGCUGAUCUCCAUACCAUGGACCAUGGAUCGGGUUUCCCGACAAAGAGUUCUUUAUAUCUUCUACCCAGUGAUCAGGAAUACGCUGAAUCACCAUGGAAUUUGAAUAAUCUUCCCUUGUUGGAGGACUCAAUACUUGGUCAUAUCAAUGCCGAUAUCAGUGGCAUGAAUGCCCCCUGGAUGUAUGUGGGAAUGUGUUUUGCAGCUUUUUGCUGGCAUAAUGAAGAUCAUUGGAGUUACUCCAUCAACUAUCUUCAUUGGGGUGAACCUAAAACUUGGUAUGGAGUUCCCGGAUCGUGUGCUGAAGCUUUUGAAGAAACUAUGAAGAAAGCAGCUCCAGAAUUAUUUGCCUCACAACCUGACUUACUGCAUCAAUUGGUCACAAUUAUGAAUCCAAAUAUUCUAAUGAACAAUGGUGUUCCUGUCUUUCGCACCGAUCAAAAUGCUGGUGAAUUUGUUAUCACUUUCCCACGAGCCUAUCAUGCUGGAUUCAAUCAAGGCUACAAUUUCGCCGAAGCAGUUAACUUUGCCCCAGCCGAUUGGCUGAAAAUGGGUCGCGAAUGUGUCAAUCAUUACUCAAUUCUGAGACGUUUCUGUGUUUUCUCGCAUGACGAACUGGUUUGCAAAAUGGCUUUGGAACCGAAUAAGCUUACUUUUGGCAUUGCAACUGCCUGCUACAUUGACAUGGCCGAAAUGGUUGACUCUGAGAAGAAACUACGCAAAUCAUUGCUUGAAUGGGGUGUUACUAGAGCCGAACGUAAAGCUUUCGAGUUAAUUCCAGAUGAUGAACGCCAUUGUUUGGAAUGCAAUACUACUUGCUUCUUGUCUGCGGUCUCUUGCGAAUGCAAAAGUUCCAUUGUCUGUUUGAGGCAUUAUACAGCUUUGUGUUUCUGUGCCGCAGAGAAGCACACUCUACAGUAUCGCUAUACAUUAGAUGAGAUGCCGUUGAUGUUGCAAAAACUGAAAGCUAAAGCUCAGAGCUUCGAGAGAUGGUUAUCGCGUUGCCGCAACAUCAUUGAUACAAAUACACCAACAGUCGUAACCUUGGCUGAACUCCAAGAACUCACGAAGGAAGCCGAACUAAAGAAGUUCCCUAGUUCUAUGUUGAUUGAUCGCUUGAAUGCUGCCGUCUUAGAGGCAGAGAAAUGUGUAACUGUUAUACAGCAAUUGGGAAUAAACAAAGUUCGAACUCGACUUGACCACUCAAUUGACGCCGCUCAAUACAAGCUAACAAUGGAGGAGCUUGAAUUAUUCGCACAAGAAAUCGACAAUCUUUGCUGCAUCAUCGAAGAAGGUCGUAGUGUUCGAGAGCUUCUUGCUAUUGGUAAAGAUUUUGUGUCACGAGCCAAGGUCAUGCUAGCCAAGCCCUUAGACGUGGCUGAUGAAAAAGCCAUUGAGACCUUAGUUGACGACGGAUGUGUACUCCGGAUCGAGAUGCAGGAACUUAUUCAACUGGGUAGUCGUUUGAAGGCCAUCAAAUGGAUCAAACGCUCAGAAAUGCUUCGCGAUUCAACAGUCAAGAUGACAUGCGCCGAGAUUAAGAAUCUCUUGCUAACCGGACAAGAUCUAGACAGUGAUCCGGCUGUUGAUAACGAAAUGAGAUUAUUGCAACAGAUUUUGGGACAAGUGGAUGCAUGGGAAAAAAUGGCAGCUAAAUAUUUCCGUGGCAGUGUUCAACAUGAUUUGCAAGAAAUCGAAAUGUUCUUAAAAAGUGGCGAUGAAAUCAAUGGACAGCUAGCUUCGUAUGGAGCUCUCAAAGAUGCCAUCAAAAAGGCAAAGGAAUGGCUAAGAUCGGUGGAAGCGUUGCAGGCAAAUGAUCAUUUUCCCUAUUGCCAUACACUCGAAGAGAUUGUGCAACGUGGCAGGAACAUUCCCAUACAACUAGAAGAGCUCUUCCGCAUGGAAGGACAUUUAAAGAGUGCCAAGGAGUGGAAAGAAAAUACAGCUAAGGCAUUCCUCAAGAAGAACACGUAUUAUACCCUGCUCGAGGUGCUUAUGCCUCGUGACGAACCAGUUGUUAUUGAUUCACAUAGCAAAAUACCAUUCGAAGCAGACUUCUUAAAGGACAUGAAUCCAACACAGAUUCUAGAUUCGUUUAAGAUUGCCGAAGAGAAGGAAAUACGAAAUAUGAGAGAACUACGACGCUUGAAUAUGGGCAAGAAUCCAUUGAAAGAUGACUACUGUAUUUGUAAUAGCAAGUUCCAUGGUGUAAUGUUUAACUGUCAACUGUGCAAGGAUUGGUUUCAUGAGGAUUGUGUCAAGGAGGGAUCAUCAAAAUCAAGAUCUUCAUCUAGCACUCCAACGCUAGUGGGUAGCCCAGCUCCUCCUCCAACAUUGAAUGGCAAUCUGACUAAGCCGAAAUUCUUGUGUUCAUCGUGUGUGCGAUCGAAGAGGCCUCGCCUCGAGACCAUAUUGCCAUUGUUGGUUUCACUACAGAAACUACCAAUACGAUUGCCCGAAGAUGAAGCACUGAGAUGUCUAGCAGAGCGUGCAAUGCAUUGGCAAGAUCGCGCUCAAAAAGCCUUGUCCAAUCCAGAAAUUGCCUCGGUGCUAGAGUCCAUAACACGAACAAAGUCAAAACAAGAAAAACCAGUACGCCGAAAUCACCACCUGCAACAACAACAAAGAAAAACAAUAGCUCAUCCGGAAAAACAGUCCAGCAUCUCGGAUGGUGAAGAUCUCGACCAUGAAGACGAGGACGAAGAUGAUGACGACGACGAGGGUCGGCUGCGAAUCGAUUUGGAUGGCUUUAGUGACGAUGAAGACUCCUCCCAGAAUUUGCUUGGAGAAGAAGAAAACACCAAGAAUUUCGCCACCCUCAAAUUGACUGACAUGGAAUGUGAAGCCAUGGAAGAACUUAUGAUGGAAGGUGAUCUACUCGAAGUCUCUCUAGAUGUGUCGCAAGAACUGUGGCGCCUAAUAAAAGCCUCAUACCCACAUACUUCACCAGACCUUGCCGCCCGCUACCAACAGACUUUCAAUUUCCCCUCAGAAGAAUCCAACGACAGUCUAGUCCACCAGCAUACAAAUAAUAAUUCGAGUAGCAGUAGUGGCAGUGGUGGGGUGAAUGCUAUCAAAAAACGGCGUUCCCUAGAUCCGGCGGCGCUGUGUCCGGUGCCGAGGAAGAAAACAGCCACCCCAAAUAAAUUGCAACAGUCAAAUAAUAAGAAAUCCAUUGCCGGACGUCGAUCGGAACCAACAAAACAAACAACAACAACAACAAUUUCGACAGAGGACAACACAGAAAACAAUACCCCAACACAGACAAAAGGUGGUGCCACCAAUACCAAGAAACGGAAGCGUGCCGUCAACAAAAAGCUCUCACAACGUGCCCAACAAGCACAGCAAGAAGACGACGAGGAGGAGUGUCGUGCAGAAAAUUGUCACAAGCCCACCGGCCGUGAGGUCGAUUGGGUGCAAUGUGAUGGCGGCUGCAACGAAUGGUUCCACAUGUAUUGCGUUGGUCUCAAUCGAAGUCAGAUAAAAGCCGACGACGACUACAUAUGCAUAAGGUGCGCAAAAGCGAAUCCAUCGCAACAAAAUACCAACAAAAACCGAACACAGACGACGAGGUAGGCGAUGUAAGCAGCCGAAAAAAAGAAAACAAAACCAUACAAUUUUUUUUUCAUUUAUUUUUACUUUUAACUUUUUGUGUGUGUUUAAGAAAUGCAAAAAAAAAAAAAUUAAAAAAUAUAAAAAAAAGAAAAACAGAAACCAGCAUAAGCACAUUUUAAAAUUAAAAAUAUUACCUAAAUUCGAGUUUAAUCUAUUAUUUUAAUAAUAAUAUUUUUGUACACAGCUGAGAAAGAAGAAAAGAGAAAAAACAAAGAGAAAAAGAAAAAAAACGAAAGAGAGAAUUUGCUCAAUUUAUGAAAAAUUAAAAAAAAAAAAAUAAGCAUUCCUCUCUUAAAUUUGUGAAAUAUGUUAUUAUUUUUUAAAACUUUAUUUUUAUUUUUUUGUAAAAAAAAAAACCAAGAUAAAAUAUUAUUCGCCCUUACACUGAGAACCAUAAUUAAAUAAAUGUGUUAAUUUAUUACAUAAAAACACUUUCUUAUUUCUUUUUUGGUUAUUUCAUAAUUUUGUUCGUUUGUUUUGUUGUUAAUUUUUUGUUCUUUUUAAGUAUUCUUUUUUUGCUUUCCUUUUUUUUCUUGUUUUAUUCUUUAACUUUUUCCAGCAUUCA